UCAUAGUAACACAAUGGCAAAGGGUAUUUAAGCAAGGGCUUUAAUAAUUGUAACGAAGACUGCAUGGUUCAGUUUGUGAAAUCUUAUCAGAGUUAUCUUUGGGCGGUUGAAGACAAAGAUGAGGUGUUUUCAGCUCUGCUGGGUGGUUUUAAGCUUCUUUUUUUCCGGUGAGAGCGGGUGGAUGCCUUCUGUUUCUGGAAUGCCUUUGGAACAAAGAUUUGACGGAAGUAAUCUUUGCAGCUUUGAUUUCGGGCGGAAUGCCGCUAGUAAAGAAUAUUCACGCAUUGCUUUAGAUCUGAUUUACAAAAAUACAGCAACCGUGGUUGCUAACAGCACCAAAUGCGAUCUGGAGUUCUGGAAUGGCGCUGCGCAGUGGAACCAGCUUACAGGAAACGACAAAAGAACAUUCGAUCGGAUCGAAGUUGGAGUGACCGAAGUCAAUCCCGAGCUACUCAAGAUCCAUGUUGACAAAAGAGAUCAAGGGCGACUCUCAAACGAUGUGGAUUCCAUCAUUCGUAUUGUUUGCGUGAACCGGAAGUUACAUGGUUGCAUUCGGUUUCCAUCAUCAAAAAAAGGGGUGAUACAUGUGCACAGAAGCCUUCUUAGUGUUGAUCAGCUGGACAUGCAGAAGGAUGAUGAUGAUGAUGAUGAUGGCGCAUUUCUAAAACCACUCCUCCUGGCAUCAGCUGGUUUGGUGAUUCUUGUUCUUGCUGGAAGCCUAUGCACUGAUUGUAAUGUAAACAAAGAUGAUGAAUCAAUAUCGGAUGCCAGGCCUCAUCUUGUCUCUCUCCAACAUCGUUUGAGUCACGGCAAGAUACCCCCAAAAGAAGAACAGCCCGAGAAGGAAGUCGUCGACGAGUCGCAAAUUGAUAUCGGAACAGUGGAAAAGAUAGGAGAAAAUUUUGGGGCGGAAAAUAAUCACACAUCUAAGAUUGUCCUUUCAUGCAAUGAGCGUCCUGAAAGUACAUCAAGCGUGCAGCACGAGUCGCACGAGUCGCACGAGCUGCACGGGCAGCACGUGCCGCCGAAUAGCACGCAGUCCCCCGAACCGGCGAGUAGUGCACACGCAUCGGAACCACAGUCACGCCCGCAUAGCGCGGAGCACGCGCUGCAACAUGACGAUGACGCCGUGCAGCCGGAUAACACGCCAUCAGAGUAUGAAACUGUAGAACCUAAGACUGUCAACUCAAAAUCGGGAAGCUCAAAAAGCAAACAAGGCAAUGAACAUGAACAUGAUCAACAUAAAGGCAGGUUUUGGAAGAGAACUCGAUCUGCUAAAGGAAGUAAUGGCACAAUUUCCGGCACGGAUAGAUCCUCCGAUGUGUUCAAAGAAGAGGAACGCAAACACAGACGAUCGAGGAAAGAAUCUAAAGAGAUGAAGAUAAAAACUGGGAAAACAAAGAGCAGAACGGGCUCUUCGGAUAGUGAUAAAGACGAAAAACACGUCUUGCACGAAAAUCCUGUCGAGAGGCCUCGAGUAGCUACACCCACUCUAGAACGGCAUUCUCGAGGACUUCCACUUCCGCCGGAGCCUUCAGUACUUCCACUUCCGGUGGUUCCCAUUCCUCAAAGACAUUUUUCCGCUCCCGAUGCGGCCGAAGAGGAUAAUAAUUAUGAGACUGUUGAGGUGCGCAAGACAAAGUCCAUGGAGAGAGUGAGGGUCUCCCCUCCGUCUCCCUCCGACAAUGCAUACGACACUGUUCAAGUUAAAGUCGGAAAACCUCGGGCUCUAUCCCUUGAUCACGACACUGGCGAAGACAGCGGGAAUUACGAGGUGGUCGCUUGUGACACGAGCAGGAAUGAUUAUCUGUAUGCCGAAGUGCAGCAAGCCAAAAAAAAGGACACGACAAAUGAGAAAACCGUGGAGAAAACGGUUGCUGAGGAAGCUGAAGAUCCUGAAGAUCCUGAAGAUCCUGAAGAUCCAUAUUCGAGAAUUAAGAACUUGAAACAGAAGGAGAAGCUCGCAGAAAAUUCAGAGGCCUUAGAAGAGGCAGAGGAUCCUUAUUCCAGAAUAAAAAAUGAAGAGCAACAGGAGGAUUUGGAAGCCUCUGAUUUGUAUGAAGAUGUCGAUAAACAACGAAAAAAUCGAGCUGAUACAAACCACAAAUACGCAUCCGUCGAUAAAAAAGAAGUGUUCCAAUUAAUGAUCGACACUGAAAACAGCGCAGAUUCUGAAAGAAAUAGAACACAAAGCGAUACAACUGGACUGCAAAGACCUGGGAUCAAGUUAGACAAACGCGCCAAUUCUGUUCAUAUGAUGCGAUCAACAAAAGGCGAGGUUGCACAAGUAGACAAGGUUACCUUUUUGCCGAGAGACGAUACGUACGCGAAAGUGGACUUGAGCAAGAAGUCAAAGCACCGCCAUGAUACUGAAGGUAGCGAAGAUAUUGAUGAGGAGAGAAAUGACACAGAAAAUCCCCCACCCCUUCCUCCCGCGUACGCGUCGUCAGGCCAAAUGCGGAUUGAAAUGGAAAAAAUUGCAGGUAACACAGACAACCUUUACGAUGAAGUUGCCACAGUGGGCGGAGGAGACCACGCUCUUAACACGGAGUUGUUUGUACCUCAAGACGAUAUGAAACGAUUUUCAUCCGCGUCAGGCGAUUACGAACCUGUUGAACCGAUUUUAAAACCAGUUUAUCCGGCAACCAAAACUUCUGCAAACGACGAUUAUGCGGAGAUUUUAGAACCAGGUCGCAGAUCAGAUGCGUCCGGUAGCGGUAGCGUGGGGCCUGUGCGGUUGGAGGUCUGUAAUUCGCCGGCGAACAUCUCAGUCACGGUGACAAGUUCAAAAGAAGCAUGCGCAGAUGAUGAUAACAUCGAAGAAACUCACUACGAAUUAGUAGCUCCUCGAGAUAGGAAACGUUUGGAAUCAAGUACACCAAAUGGUUGAUGGCUUUGAUUGAGAUUAAGGGGUCUGAGGGAGAAUUCUCCUUAGUGCGGAACCUACAAUUCUUUGCCAGCUUUUACAGAGGAUUUGGUGUUAUAUUCUAACAACCUACCCUACUCGAUAAGUUCCUCAAUUCUCAACACUGAUGUGUUUGGCAUUACAUAAACAUUGUAAGCAGAAUGUACAUGCUGAUGUCUCUUGGGCCAAAAGGGUUUAACAGAACUGUACUUGUAGAAAGAAGGUGAACCAUUUUAAGAUAUUUACACGAUAAAUCGGUGUCUAAAGUGAGUUGCCCGUCAAAUUUCUGAUCACCUUAUCGUUGGAAUUCGUCGUUUUUACCUCAUAAUUAGGGUCUGUUUUUAUUUAAGUUUUAGAUUGACAGUAUUUUGCGGGAAAGACAGAAGUAAUAAUGCGAAACCUGUCGUCCUUAAAAUGACGUCUCAAACCUGCCCCUUUUGAGAUACUCCUAUUUGACAUGCGUGUACUUUACCAAUCCAGAAACAAAACUCGCUUUGUUAGACUGUUAUGUUUAGGGGAAUAUUUUAACUAGCAGAUGAAAAAUUAUUUUUUUACAUAUCAAGGGUUGAACGAAGUAUAAAGGGACCUCACUCACGUAACCAGUUAUGUUAACCGCAGUCUUUGAAAUUCUGUUAUUGAGAAAUUCAUUUUAUAAACAAGGAUAGUUUUUAAGGUCUUUUGGGUGUGAUCGGUUAGGAAGGUUUUGAUAUCUCUGUAUCAGAUAUUCAGUAGUUUUUUUUUUGUUUUUUUUUUUUGCACUUUUGUUUUAAGUCAAUGCUAAGUGUUGCAACGUUUAACCAUCAGGAUGAACCCAUAGUUUAAUAUUCGAGUGAAUUGCACGGGCUGUGUGUACGAAUUGUCCAUUUUGUAGACAGUAGUACAUUUUACUGAUAGCAAUAUUAUAUAUCGCUUUUAACCAUCUGACGAGUAAAUAGCGAUUGUAGUGCUAUUUUACAUCAGUUUUAUCGUAAAUGAAUGUUAGGAAAUAAACAUUUUAGUGAAGUUUACAAAUAUAUGAAUCCUCUGUCGAA